AAACCCCAGUAGAGGUUAACUCCGUGCUCUACACCAUUGCAUACUAUACCCAUAGAAUAGGGGGAAAAAUGUCCCUCCCAACAGUCCCCCUCAUCAUCAACGGCGUCGAGGAAUACAACCCCUCCGCCUCCUUCGCCGUAACCAGUCCCUACACAAACCAACCCUGCUGGACCGCCGCCGCCGCAUCCCCCGCCGAUGCCCUCCGCGCUGUCGAUUCCGCCUCCGCCGCAUUCCCUACCUGGUCCGCGACAAAACCGGCCGUCCGCCGCGGCAUCCUCCUGAAAGCAGCUGAUAUUCUGGAGAAGAAUCUGGAGCGCAAUGCGGGGUUUAUGCAAGCGGAGAUGGGGGCUGACGUUGGUGCUUCGCAGAUGUUUGUGGCGCCGUUGGGGAUUCGUAUGUUGAGGGAUCUUGCGGGGCGGAUUGCGUCGAUUUGUGGGAGUGUGCCGGUUGUGGAGGAUGAGGGGCAGAGUGCGAUGGUUAUUAAGGAGCCGAUGGGGGUGAUUUUGGGGAUUGUGCCUUGGAAUGCGCCGUAUGUCUUUGGCAUCCGCUCCGCCGCGUGCGCUCUCGCCGCGGGCAACACUACCAUUCUUAAAUCCUCCGAACAAACCCCACGCUGCUACUGGGCUAUCGUGCAGGCUCUACAUGAAGCUGGUUUGCCAGCUGGCUGUCUCAACCUGAUCUCCUGCCGUCCCCAGGAUGCCCCCGAAGUCGUCAACACGAUGAUCGAGCACCCCGCCAUGCGCAAGGUCAAUUUCACAGGAAGCACGGUGGUGGGACGCAAGAUUGCGCGCGCUUGCGGAGAGAAUCUGAAGCCGUGCUUGAUGGAAUUGGGAGGGAAGAAUAGCGCGAUUGUGUGCGCGGAUGCGAAUAUCGAGACGGCUGUUAAGGGUGUGUUGGCGGGUGCUUUGCUCAACUCCGGCCAAAUCUGCAUGUCAACAGACCGCAUCCUCGUCCACGCCGACAUCGCCCCAACCUUCAUGGCCGCCCUCAAAACCGCCCUAACCACAUCCGCCGAUCCCGCCUCCCCACCCCCAACUCUCGUCAACCAAGCCUCCAAAACCCGUGUCGAAAGGCUCAUCACAAGCGCGCUCGACUCAGGCGCCUACCCCCUCAGCGGCUCAGCAGAGAUCCCCCAAUCGGACUCCUGCGUGCGCAUGCCACCGGUCAUUCUGGGCGGUGUUAAGGAGGACAUGGCUGUCUGGCAGGAAGAGAACUUUGCGUCGCUGGCUGCGUGUAUGGUUGUUGGGAGUGAUAAGGAGGCUAUAAGGAUUGCGAACUCGAGCGGGUAUGGGUUGUCUGCGUCGGUGUUUACGGAGGAUUUGAGGAAGGCGUUUGGGAUGGCGAGGAAGAUUCAGUCUGGGGCGGUGCAUAUCAAUAGCAUGACGAUCCAGGAUGAACCGGCGCUGCCACAUGGUGGUGUCAAGGCGAGUGGAUGGGGACGGUUUAAUACGGAGAUGGGACUGGAGGAGUUUUUGGUGACCAAGAGUGUGACUUGGAUGGAUUAAUGUAUAUAAUGGAUAUGGUACCUUUUGACGUCCCUUGUCUUGAAUUGAGAUGUGGCAAGACUGCGGGAACGAAACAUUGUAUAGAGUAUCUCUUCCCUGGAUCUUUACUGAAUUGACCAAGGGUGAAGUUGGAGAUGUCCGUGGCAAGUCUGGCAUGUAGUUAAAUAUAUCUUCGCUUCCACAGUAACGAUAGCCACAAUAAUAACAUAAAAGCGUCUCUACAAUCCACAUCUCUCAUUUAAAAUUGAUAUUCAACUGUCCAAAUCCAGCACGGAAUUCCCAACCCCGGCAAAUG